GAUCAAAUUCGUUCUUAGGCGUAGACGAGAGACGAAAGGAAAUGUCAAUGUCAGACGUAUCGAGUUUUAUUGGGCAGGGCAUGCAUUUCUUGAUCGUUUACUCCAUAACAGAGGCGUGUGCCCCUGUUUCUGGUUUAGCAUGCCUAGCAGGGGACAUUUUCCCCUAAGGGGUAUAUAAAACCGGGUUGCGAAGGUAGAUGGACAACACAAAACGAAGGUACUUUGGCGAGUACUGUUCUCUUCAGCAGCGCUAAGGAGCUCAAGCAUAUCAUCAACAUUUUUCAUCAUGAAAUUUCUCAUCGCUUUCUCCGCCAUCUUGGCUGUUGCCGUUGGUAAUCCUGGAUUUUUAUACGGUGUUCAUCCAGCACCAAUCGCCUAUGCUAGAUUAGUACCCGGAGCACCAAUCGGAAUAGAUGGACGAGUUGUUGACACCCCAGAAGUUGCCGUAGCUAAAGCUGAACACGCGGCAGCUCACAUCAACGAAAGGAUCAAUCUAGCUAACGAAGCAGUCAAAUCGGCUGAAGUUAUUGUCCCUGCAACUUACGGUGCUUCCAUUGCUACUCCUGUUAUUGCUGCUUCGGCAGUACCCAUCAUUGCCCCAGCAACUAAAAUCGUAUCAGGUGCACCUAUCGGUAUCGAUGGACGCGUCGUUGACACCCCGGAAGUUGCUGUCGCCAAGGCCGAACAUGCUGCUGCUCAGGCCAACGAAAGGCUGGGAUUGGCUCAGGAAGCUGUCAAAUCAGCUUCCGCUGAUUUUCCUAUAGUCGUAUCUUCUUCACCAGUUGUAUACGCGAAAUUCGCGAGUACUGGUCAUACCAGCAGCGCUUUGGAGAAAAAGAAGAAAGAAGGAAAAGGGAAAAAGGAAGGACUUCACACUCCCCCACCACAACUACUAUCACAGGUCGUCAUGCAAGUCUCGAUACUCGUCGUACUAGCUUUGAUCGCUAGCAGCUGCAAGGCCGGUUACAUAGGACCACCGUCGUCGUCUUAUGCCGAACCCCAAUUGGAAGCACAACGAGCACCACCAAGAUUUGCACCACCAGCACCGGUUGGUCAAGAUGGGAACGUUAUCGAUACCCCCGAGGUAGCUCAAGCUAAGGCUGCACACUUUGCCGAAUUUGCUAAAGCAGCAGCCAGAGCUGUUGAAGAGAGCAAGAAUCAAAAAGCAAACUUUAACGAUUCUCCUAAUCUUAGAUCACCACCAUCCUUAUCGCAAUCCUACAACAGUUAUCCUUCUAAUGUUCAACAACCGUCUGCUCCUUUAUACAGACAACAAACUUAUCAACCGACUUAUCAACAACCCCAACCAGCUUACCAACAACCUAUUUCUUAUCAAAAUAAUCCGUUACCAUCUCCUAUACCAUCUCAAUACAAUCCUGUACCUUCCGUUAAUCCUGCUAAUUAUCAACAAACUACACAAUACGAACAACCGCGACCUAAUUUCGUUAACCAGAAGAAUAACUUCGUUUCACCCGCGAAAGCAACUUUCAUUCCUGCCCCUCUCGCCGAAGACGGCACCGUUUUGGACACGCCCGAGGUCGCUGCCCUCAAGGCGGCCAGACUUGCUGAACUCGCCGAUGCCGAGGCCAGGGCCUACAAGUAUAGUGCUACCGCUGCUAGGGAGUUUCCUGGAUCUCAAGGUCAAGCUUACCAAGAUGCUCAUGCUGCUGGUCCAUCACCAAUAAAUUACAACUCACCUACGUCACAAUUCGGUCCUUCGUAUCCAAGUGAACCAGCUAGAUCAUUUGGACCACAGCACUCAUCAUUUCCUAAAUCCUUCCAACCAGAUCAUGGAUUUCAAUCGUCACAAAAUUAUCAACAGCCGCAAUACGUCUCAGGAUCUUAUUGAUACUGACGUAUAAAAUCAAAUGUGAAAUUUGUACAUAAUACAUAUCGAAAUAAUUUAGAUCAUAAAACGUUAUUUCAUUCGUUACACUUAUUCCAAAUAUCAUUGUAAAUUAAUAAUCAAAAUUAAUUUGUCCUAAAUAACACGAUACUAAUUUUUUCAACGUGAUA